GUAGUCACCACUUACUGGUUCCUUUCCUUCUGCUUUCUCGUAUUGUCUUGAACAGGAAGAAACCCCACUAGGACAACAGGGUUAAAGGAGGAGAAGAAGGAGAGAGUGGGCGAACGGACGCCGUAGGAAAAGGAUGUUUCGGAAUCAGUAUGACACGGAUGUGACGACAUGGAGCCCGGCUGGGCGGCUGUUCCAGGUGGAGUACGCGAUGGAGGCAGUGAAGCAAGGGUCGGCGGCCAUUGGGCUCCGAUCCAAGACCCACGUCGUCCUGGCCUGCGUCAACAAGGCUAACUCCGAGCUCUCCUCUCACCAGAAGAAGAUCUUCAAGGUCGACGACCACAUCGGCGUCGCCAUUGCUGGACUCACCGCAGACGGCCGUGUCCUCUCCCGCUACAUGCGAUCCGAGUGCAUUAAUCACAGUUUCACCUACGAGUCGCCCCUCCCGGUGGGUCGUCUCGUUGUUCAGCUCGCGGAUAAGGCCCAGGUCUGCACACAACGCUCAUGGAAGCGACCCUUUGGUGUUGGUCUGCUGGUAGGCGGCUUGGAUGAAUCUGGAGCUCACCUUUAUUACAACUGCCCAAGUGGUAACUACUUUGAGUACCAAGCCUUUGCUAUUGGGUCCCGUUCACAAGCUGCCAAAACAUACUUGGAACGCAGAUUUGAAAACUUUGUGGACUCUUCCCGGGAAGAUCUGAUCAGAGAUGCACUUAUUGCAACGAGGGAAACUUUGCAGGGAGAGAAGCUCAGAAGCUCCAUAUGCACAGUUGCUGUGCUGGGAGUUGGAGAACCAUUCCAAAUAUUGGAUCAGGAAACUGUACAACAAUUGAUAGAUAAAUUUGAGCUUGUAGGCGAGGAGGAGACUCCUGCUGCUGAGCCAGAUGCUGCUGCUGCUGACGAGGGUGGUGCAGCAGAACAGGGUGGAGGUACUGAGCCGGGUCCUGCAGCUGAACCGGCUCCAAUGGAUAUUUGAGGAUGCGAUCAUGCGAGAACGAGCUAUCUCCUCUCUUCUGUCUUCAGAUGAGGUUUUCUGGCAUGUUUAUCAAAAAUUAUCUUUCCCUCAUCAGUGCAAACAUUUUAAUGCUAGCCCCUGGUGGAACAUACAUUUUAAUGCUAGCAUCAUCGUUACAGUUAUACCUCAGACAGCAUGAAUUUGUGAUGACAUUCAACCGGGUUAUAUUUUGCUA